AUGAUUUCACUUCUUCCUCAAGCAACGCACCUUGCCCAAGAUGGACACCAAGAUACGCUGCAAAUGAAUGAGCUGGGCAACGUCAGAGACGCAUUGAAGCCGACCACUGAGCUCCUCAGUCGCUCGGUGCACGAUCAAUCUGUCCGCCUAUACUGCACAGUUCCAACAUGGGCUCCCUCCUCUGAUCUCUGUAUCGAUCUUCACGACUUGCACGACUUACGAUCCCGAUCUCUCUUAUUUAUUCACAACCUUGUCGAAUCACUUCGAGCAUCUGGUGUAUGCCAUAAUCGCUGUAGUUCACGCUUCAGCCAGUCGUCUCACUGUCACGGAAUAGGUCCCAGCAUCAUACACUCUUGCUCCCUCUAA